AUGACGCUAAAUCAUUCGUUUUCGUCGGAAUUAUUCGCGUGGGAAAAUAAUCUGACGGGGCCUUAUUCGGCCAAGUUUGAAAUCCCUACGCCUCCGGAGUACAUUGUCAUAAGUUCUACAAUUUUGUAUGCCAUCAUCUUUAUUGUUGGAAUCGUCGGUAAUAUUCUGGUUGUUGUGGUAAUCUCAUGCAGCCGACGGAUGAAAACCACGGUGAAUAUGUACCUCGUCAAUCUCUGCAUCGCCGACAUGUUGGUGAUCUUGGUGUGCAUGCCGACAACUCUCGUGGACAUAUUUACAAAGGAAGUCUGGGUGUUCGGUAAAUUCAUGUGUUUUCUAGCCCCAUUUCUUGAGAAUGCAGUCGCCCACGCUUCUGUGUUGACCAUAACAGCAAUCACCUUCGAGCGAGUUGUUAGCCUUUGGUUGGUGUUUGUGGCUCUCGAAACAAUAGCAAGGCUCGGCCUUGAGGGAUAUUUACUGUUAAUUUAUAGUGCUCGAAUAUGUUUCUACAUUAACCAUGCCAUUAAUCCGGUGAUCUAUAACUUUGUGUCGUCUAAAUUUAGAGGUGCUUUUCGUGAUUUGAACAAACGGUGCAGACGGUUUUGCUGUAGCACUCCGAUGUGGAAUGUGACGCCAAUACAUCGCGGAACCUCCAGACUAACAUUCCGAAGUUAUGCAUCGGGGCAUAGAGGAACUUAA